AUGCCUGCCGAAAGAAACAAACAAUGGGUGAUUCGCAGCUUCGCAAAUACCUUCGACUGCCUGGAGACAAAUGAAGCUCCGAUACCGUCGGUGGGCGAGUACGACGUGCUCGUUAAGAUCGAGGCUGUCUCGCUCAAUUACCGAGAUGCAAGCAUCCCAAUGAACAUGUACCCCUUUGAGUCCAAAAAGGAUCUCAUUCCAUGCUCCGACGGUGCCGGAGUCGUCGUGCAAGUGGGCUCCAAAGUCACUCAAUUCCGCCAGGGCGAUCCGAUCGCCUCCCUGUUCUUCGCAGGUCACAUCUUCGGCGACUUGAUAGCCGACGCCCACAAGACGGCGCUGGGCGGCUCCGUGGAUGGUUGCCUUCAGCAGUACCGGGUCUUCAGCGAGCUGAGCCUGGUGCAUGCUCCCCGUAAUUUGACACCUCUUGAGACUAGCACCCUGCCCUGUGCUGCCAUAACCGCUUGGAACGGUCUGUACGGUGUCAAGCCUCUCAAACCAGGACAGACAGUCCUGGUACAGGGGACGGGGGGAGUUUCGUUAUUUGCGCUUCAGUUCGCCAAAGCCGCCGGCGCAACGGCAAUCGCUACAACCUCCUCCGCCGCCAAGGCGCAGCGUCUGAAGGAAUUGGGAGCGGACCAUGUCAUUAACUACCGCGAGGAUCCCAACUGGGGCGAGACAGCCCGGAAACUGACAAGACAUGGCGUGGACCACGUCAUUGAGGUGGGGGGUCCUAACACCCUGCGGCAGAGUCUCAAGUGUCUGAAGAUGGAGGGUGUGGUGAGUGUUAUUGGCUAUGUAGGCGGCAUGACCAGCACCCCGGGACAAGAACAACCCCCCCAGCUCUUGGACACUCUGACAGGGGCCUCCAUUGUGCGCGGAAUCCAGACCGGAAGUAAGGAGCAGAUGCUGGACAUGAUCAAGGCCAUCGAGGCAAGUGAUAUCAAGCCUGUGAUGGAUAAGCGUGUGUUUGGGUUUGGCGAGGCGCGCGAAGCGUUCCAGUAUCUGUGGGAUCAGAGGCAUUUUGGAAAGGUGGUGAUCAAGGUUGAUUAG